AUGUCGGGCUCGUCAACGCUGAGGAUAUGUUUGGCUGUAAUGGCACCCGCGCUGACUGAAGUCACUGCGCGACUCAAACUGCAGGACACCUCGGUCAGCAGGGAAUCUCUACCGCCCCGACUCGACAAUAAUUCCAGCGAUAUUAAAAUUCCAGCGGUGCAGCAGCGGUCUUGUCAGGUGAUCAGCGUUGAUUUGAACGGCCUAGGAGGGGGUGUCAAGACCCCGAAGACAGUGGAGGACCGGCCGGCGGCGUCGCCCCACUUGUCGCGUACCGUCAAGCGUAACGGAACUCACCCCAACCCCACACGGCCAACAGCAGCAGCAGUUGUCAGUGCUGGUGAUAGCCCGAGAAAUUCUCAUUUUUCUUGUUCUGUGGGCACUACCUCCAACACUUUGACAAACCUCAAGGCAUUAAAUAUCUCAGCAUCAGAAACCCCCAGCGGUUUUUCCUUCAGAUCAAAUCUGAUUGACAAUUUGCAGAUAAUGAGUCAGCCCCAGCUCGUUGCUGAGAAACCAGUUGAGCAAGAUAAGGCUGAAGUUAACCCCACUUCUUUUGACGAAGGAUCAGUACCUGCAGGUAGCAGCAUCAAAUUUGUGGUCAAGCCUCCAGUUAUGGUUAAUGGUAAUGAUGAAUUGACUAGGAGUAGUGAUGCAGAGUUGGACAUCAACUGCGUGAGGAAAAGAGUGCAGCUGAAAAGAGAAAUUCGACCAGAAGAUCACAAAAUUCAUUUUACUGCAUCUUCUACACAAACGAACAGCAGUGAGAAAGGAAUGGGUAUGUGCCUACAAAAUUCUUCUACUUAUCCCACUUCGGGUUUGGAGACUUCAUCUUCAUCAAAGUCAGAAUCGCAGAUGGAUGAUAAGACUAAAGAGGAUUUGAGAAAAGAAUGUGGAAAGAAACAAGCUUACUUAGAAAGGAAGGUUGAUAUCUUGCUUCGGAGAUUGAAAAGAAUGAAAGGUAAAGUCGUGGAAGCUCAUACAAGAGAGCAGUUGAAAUGUUUUGUCAGUUUUCAGCACAAGAACCUGCAGAAGGUUGCUAAAACAAUAAAAAGUGAAGCCCCAGGACCUGAUGAACUAAAGGAGCAUUUUCUGAGCAGUGAGCAGGUUAAAAAUAUGUCUACGGCUCAGCUGGUGAGGUUAGUCAAGACCUACCAGCCGAAUCAGUCAGCAGCAUCAGCAGCAGCCGGUGAUGUGCCCACAAAAUCUUGGCCUGGUGGCUGCAGUGCCGUGGUCAUGGAUUCUCCGCUGCGGGAACAGUCCUUGAGGACAUCUGAGAGGUUGGCGCAGAGAGUCGAGGCAGCCGCAGCUGAGCUGGAUUCUGAUGCCACUGCUAGUAGUUCUGGCGGGGAGAGUGGGGAUGAAGACUCACCGUCACUUUUACAACAUCCCGUUGAUCUACCUCCACUGGGAAAGAGAGCAGAGUGGAAGUGGGCAGUUGAUAGAUCUGCAGUAGUUUCUCGUUGGACUUGGUUACAAGCGCAAGUGUCGGACCUGGAGUAUCGGAUCAGACAGCAGAGCCAAGUUCACAGGCAGCUUCGGAACAGUAAAGGAGGUGUGGUGCUGGGGGACCAGCCCACAGCUGUAGAACUGUUGCGUAAGCUUCAUGGAAUGCCGUCCAGGCAUGUGGGGUCCUCAGGCGGUGAUGCGAAAGCAGCAGUGGACAGUGAGGCCUCUCCUUGCAACAUUUCUGCAGUCAUGUCCAAUGUGGACAGACAGGCCUCCAGGUUAAGUCAGUCCUUGGGCAACUGUUUAUCACCAGCCUCAUCUACGAUUGGCAGCCCGGCUGGUUCUUCAAAAAUCUCAUCAUCCUUUGUGAACGGCGUCACAGACUCUCCCGGUAGCUCCUUUGCCGCUUGCGGGACUGCAGAAUGCAGUCCUUCAGCUCCAAGUGAACUUUGGCUAAAGGAAAAGACCAGUGAUCUUUUUGAACACAUUUCAACAGAUGCAACCUGCCAGGCAGCUCGUUGUAGGCCGUUGAGGAGUUAUCGCAAACGCAAAAUUCUUCGGACUAUAGGGCUUUAUAAAACGAGUUUGAAGGCAGCACGACUCUCAGAUGUUCGGUGCCGCUGUUACCCUCCAGCCAACCCUUGUCCCAUUUGUGGCGGCAGAUACAACAAUACACUAACGAUAGAUCCUGACACGAUGUCAGUGAAAGAGAGGGUCGCCAUUUUAGAUCCCUCAUUCCAUCCAGUGCUUUCAUUUCCUCAUGAUAUUCAGCUAGCCAUUCAUUGCGAAGGACUUCUCAAGUCAGGUUUGUGGCAGAAGUCCCUUUCUCGUCGAUCUAGAGUUGGAGAAUUCCGGAAGCAAAAGGUUCUCACACUGGUCUCAGAACAGCCUCCUAGGAAGGGGCAGAACCGAGGACAGAACGGACGAAAUAAUAACUCAACAUCUGUGAUAAAUUUUUCUACCAAAAUUAAGAACAAGUACGAGACCAAAAAGACAAAAAAAGCAAAGGGAUCAAAAGCUUCAUCGGUGAAACCUCGUGUGAAUAAGGUCCAGAAAAAGGCUGCCAGAGCAGCACGAGAAGCAAUGAAAAAGAACCAGCCGGAACAAGAGGAGGAAGAUUAUGAAGAUUACUUGGAGGCAGACUACUCAACCCGAGAGGGCGGCCUAGCUCGUAGUGCUUCACAGUCGUCCUUGAAGGAUAUGCGUGACAUCCCCCACCGCAAGAGGAAAGUCGACACCUCCUUUGACAUCAACAACAUUGUGAUCCCCCUGAGCAUGGCAGCCUCCACCAGAGUGGAACAGCCUCAGUACAAGGAGAUAGUCACACCUAAGUGGCGGGAAGUGUCAGAGAUUAUUGCAUCAACUGAAUUGGUUGACAGCUUAAUAACCAAGAAGCUGGAGAAGACCAAUGGAGUCACAAUACCAAACGAGCCGCAGAAUCUGAACACAUCAUCACUUGAUGAGGAGGCCGAGGAGGAUCUCUCAGAUGACAAAUUUGCAGUCAGACACCAUUCCCUGGAGCAGGAGGAGAAGAAGCGGUUCCGAAACUUUGUCCAGUACCCCCCAGUGAGGCGGAACAGAGCCCGCCUGGACACCAUGCCUGCAGUUGUCUCCGGUGAUAAACAGAUUUCUUCAGAUCGAACCGACGUGGGGGAGCCACUGGGCUCACUUAGUGAAGACACUUUUUUACCAUCUCGUCCCUCAACGCCAGUGUGGAACAGAAGUCACCAGUUGUUCCAUGGGCAGAGUGCCAGCGUGGAUGAUUCUAUGGAUGCCCUGCAGCAACAGUUGUCGGUCAGAAGGCGCACCAUGUCUUUGUCUUUUCCCAAGCGUGACCGCAGCUCUUCUGUGAUGUCCGAGGAUGUUCACAAUGCUUUUAUUGAUGUCGGAGGCGUGGAACCCUGGCCCCGGCGGACAUUUCCUCUCUCAGAAGAUGAUUACAGAUUGAUGCAGGAUGAUUUGCCUCCCAGCUGUGAGCCGGUUCAUCAUCGCGUGCCCAGGCGGUUAGCGGAACCGUCAGGGAAAGUGUACGUCGGAGGUUCUACAGAAAACAUGGAUGACGGAAGUGCCGUGCCAUCGCCUCACCCCAGCAUUGAGUCUGCUUCGUCUGCUGGUGAUGAUCUGAACGAUCCGGAAUGGAUGGGAGGCGAUGGAUCUAAACGUAGUAGGACUAGACGGAUUGCUCACGAUGAUCCUACUGACCCAGAUUGGACUGGUGCAGACACGCCUCGGAGAAAUAAGAACAGAAGAUGA